GAAUACACAGUUAAUGCAAAUGUACGUAUUAUUUUAUACUUUUUUGGAGAAUUUACUGCAUCGAUAGCGAGGUGUUUAUUCAAAACAAAUAACGGUGUAAGGCAAGGAGAAGUUUUCACUCUUGGAUCAUUCAAUAUAAAUGCUAGAUGUGGAAAAGGUUAUGAGAAAUGGAAAACAUACGAUUAGCAUUAUUACUUGUAAGCAUGUUCAGCGCAUGUGCACAAGCACAGCAGGGGAAAUGUCCAGUGGGCUGUUACUGUAAGCACAGAUUUGUAGACUGUCAAUCGUUGAUGGAUUUUCCGCUUGACCUUGCCCUUGAUACAGAGCGUAUCCGACUAUCCCAUAUGAACAUUGGUGAAAUCCCAAAGCACGCAUUCAGCUACUUACCGAAUGUUACUUUGAUUGAAAUUGAGCAGUCAAAUGUAGGAAUUAUUGCUGGGUGUGCCUUUAAGAAUAUUUAUUCUUUGCAAGAAAUAUUGUUUGAUAAAACAGUCAUCGGCAAUGUAGAAAGCUUUGCCUUUAACGGUCUGUCAAAGAUGAAACGAAUUGAAUUUCUGAAAAGUCGGAUAGGAAGGCUGAAAUCGUUUGCAUUUUAUCAGUUGUCAGAAAUUGCUAACAUUAAUUUGCUCGAAACAAACUUUCUGUACUUCUACUCGAAUGCAUUGUAUGGAAUAAACAACGUUAGCACGAUGGUUCUAACCAGCAAUAACGUCAGUGAUAUUGUAACUGACGCUUUCAGAGACGUCAAGGUUGACAAUUUGCUAGCAACAUCCAACACGUUUUGGAACAUGCACUGUGGUGUUUUAGAUGUAAUGUUUCAAUCUGCAAACACAUUUUCAUUCUCCAGUAACACAUUCUACUGUAACUGCUCCAUUUCGUGGAUGCUAAGCACAUCAGGAAGACAGAAGUAUGCAGAAAUACUCCCUGACAGCAGAUGUCACGGACCGGGAAAAAUGAACGAAACAACAAAUCUAGCAAAUGUUAAGUUUAGUGAUCUUAACUGCAAGAACAAAAAGGAGGAUCAUACGCCUACCUGCAACGAGAUUAAAAUAAAGAUAUUAAAUCCAACAUGUAAUCCCAGUGGUAGACCUGGAAGGCAAGGAAACGGAGGUACAGGAGAAGAAGGAAAAGGCGACAAUGGGGCGUCAUCGCUCGUAUUUACAUUUCAAAUCUUUGUUGUUUCCUUUAUAACUGUUUUCUUGACUAUUUUAUAGAAUCAAUUUUAUUUUAGCUGUUUUUAAUACAACACACUUCAGUUCUACAUUAGCCAAGUUUGAAAACAUAAUGAUAACUUGUUAUGUUACGGGACCAGGAAAAUUUAGUCGGAGUCGAUUAGACAACUAAUAUUGCCAAAGUAAUAUUCGAAGUACUUAAUUCACGUAUUAAUGCAAGUAUACAGUGGUAUGAAAUCAAUUUUCUCUGUGUUAAGUAAAAAUAACAGCUGUAAUAUAUGUGUAAAUCAGUUGAUAACAUCGCAAAUUAGUCCUACAAAGAUUUCAAUAACUAUUUGUUUUUGGCUUCUUCUUACAGUAACAUUUUCUCAUUUCAUUCUGGAACGCGAUCAAUAUUUUAAGGAAUGCGAAUGAUUUAUACAAAAUUUAUCUUCACAAUAAAUAACGAUUCUAUUUUGUUUCUUUAUAUUUUACAUUAUCCAUUUAUCAAGGUUCAACAAAACUACAUUUAUCGAGGUUUAACAGAUUUAGUUAGUUUUAACGUUUUAUAUUUAAACAUUGAUCGAUCAGUCACAUUUUAAACUCAUUUGUCAUUUACUUUCCGUGGCGAAUUUGCAAGAACAUGUUGGUUCACUUCUAAACAGAUCACGAAUAAAACAUAUUUUCUGACAGCCGAUAGCUUCUAGGUAUUUGUCCGAUCAAAAAUCGAAACUAGCCUUUGCCAACUAACAUACGCACAUCCUCGCAUAUGUUCGGCAGGUCAAAAUGUGGACAGCGCGUAAAAACCUAUAGAUGUGAGGUGCCCCAUUUACAUUCACUGUAUUUCCAUUUGGUAUUAUUGCCACCGAGAUUCGUACUGUAUUUUUUAAAAAUUCGUACUUUCAAAAAAGGAAUCAAAGAUAUCCCGGUCGCGGCAGAGCUUCAAUAGGUGGGCAAGAAAGGAAAACGUAGCAAUGGUGGCCGCAGCCAUAUUUGUUUAGAAUUGUGUUACAGUCACUCGGCCUCCAAUAUUGCAUUCCCGCCACUGACAGAAAGAAGCAGUUCCUUAUUCCUUCUUUUUCCAUUUCUCUGUGUUUGAUAAAUUGCUUGGACCCU